AAAAAAAAACCUUGGACUGACAACGGUGACAAGAAGAAAAGUCAUGUCUGAAAGAAUCGGGUAAUCAACGAUUCCAAAUCUACACUGGAUACAACAAAUCUUCUCUAAAGCUUCGAAUCUUCGUUUUCGUGUACCAUUGCUCAGAUCAAUUCUCAAGAGUUUAACGUUACUUCCCUUAAUUUAUCUUAAAAAUCGAAAAAUCGGUUCUUUGUUACAGCUUCAGAAUCAAUCGAAUCAUCGAUGAGACGCCGGUCGGCGUUUCUCAUUUUAUGUGUUUUAUGUUUAUUGUUGGUGUAUUCGGGCUCCACAGGAGAUUCUUUUAAGCCCCAUAAUAGUGUCACUGGGAAAAAAAUCAAUGGAGUUUUUCAAGCCCCAGCUCGCCGGUCUCUGUUAUCAGAUACGAAUACGAUACAGGGAACUGAAAUUGAUACUGCAUUAGUGGCUGGUUUGGAUGGUACAAUUUAUUUAUUGGAGCUUGGGUCUACAAAACCUCUCUGGUCAUUUUCAUCAGGACAAACAAUUUACUCAUCAUAUCAGGCCUCUGUUAAUGAUACAGAAAAUGUAUCAGGAAUAGGAGGUGGUUACUUCAUUGAUUGUGGGGAUGACUGGGAAUUAUAUGCGCACAAUAGCCUCGGGGGCAAACUGGUAUGUUUAACUAUUACUUAAUCCUGCAUUUUGCUGUAAUUACUUAAAAUUUAAGCAACAGCAUCCAUGUAUUCCAAGCUAAUAAUCUGUGCUCUGAGUUAAUAAUUAAAGAGUUGUUGCUUGAUAGUCCUGAUUAUUGACAACGAUUUACUGACAAUUGUCUUUAAUAAUUACUGAAACUGAUGAACUCAGAUAGAGAUUGGUGUAAAUUUCUUCUUAAUAUGGACUUAAGGUUGAGUAACUUUGAUAAUCUAGAAUGUGUAGUAUUGCUCUUACAUUUCCUUACCAUGUUGUUUAAUAUCACUAAGUUGUAAUAUAUUAUAUAUCACGUUGAUCUCUGAACUCACUAUGCUGGAGAAUUUUGAUUACUUACAGAACUCUUGUUGAAGUAUUGCUUCUCAUGUUCCUCUAAACAAGUAUUUUUCAAAGUGGCCUUUGUUUCAAAUUUUUAAUGAAAUUUGUUAACAAUCCAUGGGUGACGAGUAACAUUGUUUUAUUAUUAUUUGUUCUUUCUGCAGAACAAUGAAAACUGUAUUUAUUCUCUGAUAAUUACAUGAGUGACUGUUUUCUAUCAUUGGUGUCUCAGAGUUGUAAUCUUCCUAUUAAUAAUUGUGCUUUUGAUCGGAUACUAAUUCGUGGUUCAGAUGAGUGGUUGAAUAACCUAAAAUUCUAUUUUGGUUUUUCUCACAUUGUGAACACAAAAAGUACGCAUGGAGCUGGUUUUAUUUAUUUUUAAUUAAAAAAAAAAUUGACGAAUCAGAUACUCUCUAUUUUAGAACUGGUAGCCAAAUGCUGAACAUAAUUUGGCAUUUUGGUAUUCUCUAGUUUUAGGUGAAAGAUCUGUAAUUGCGCUUUUGAGAUUUUCAUUAUACUCCUUUAAAAACUUGUUGCUUAAGGCUGCAUAUAUUGUUGAUUUGAUGCACUUCAUAGCCAAAGGCUUCUCGUCAUUUGAUGAGUUUGCAAUUACAUUGAUCAAUAAAUCUAUCAUCUCCCCAAUUCCCUAACUGGAAUGAGUUCUUGCUGACUAGCUUCCAUGUAACUCAAAGUUCAUGGGUUGAUAGAUCCCUUAAAAAAUAUAUUCGUAGCUGAACUUGAAUAAUAGCAUUUGAUAACGAUCUCAUCCUUCGUAUGCAAGAUUUCAACCCUAUAAAUGAUGUCAUAGUAAACCCUUCUUGAAGGAAACACUUCUUUAUUCUCCAUAAUCAUAGUGAUCCACACUCCCACCUUAUUUAGGAUCCUCGAUCUAGAUUGCUGAUCUUUCCAUUCUCAAACUAGGUGCUGGCCGCUACAUGGUUCACAUGGUGAAUGUGUGCUCAAGUAUAUUUGAAGCUCAUAAUUCCCUACUUAGUUCACAUGGUUAAUGUGUGCUCGAGCGUAUAAAAAGGUCAUAAUUCCCAACAAAUGCAAAGCACAGUAUAUAUUAGAAGAUUCAGAUAAGCAUAUUAUAUCAAUUGCACACCUAGAAAAAGGAAAAAGUACAGAAUGAUUCUCAUUGCUAUGAUUUGGUCAAUCAGGUUCCUACUAAUGCUAUAUAUCCCCAUUCCACCUUAUUCUACUUAUAAAAAUCAAUGUACAACCUUAUUUCUUUGGCAGCGAUUUCUUAAGUAUAUGUCUGCUCUUUUUUUAUAUUUUAUUUUUGAAAUAGUAUAUCUGCUGUCAAAUUUCAUUGCUUGACCAUUUGAUCUCAAACUGCGAUUUCUUCUUUUUUGGCCCUUUUCACAUUCACAUUCUUAGUUAUCACACUAUUCAUAUAUGUGAUAAAUUACAUACAUCAUCCUCACUCUCAACUAAUAGCACACAAUUUUUUGUAGUUAAAAUAGUUUAAUUUAAGAGCUUGAGAGUAUUACAAGAAUUUGAAAACAGCUUUAACAAACUACUACAAAUUAGAAGUACCAUAGAUAAUAAGAUGCAUAUUAUAAAGUUUGACGUAACAUUUAAACGAUAUCACUAUUGCAGAAUACAAAAAGAUCCCUCUUUUUUUCACUAUUUGAAAAUUGUUUGAAAGGAAGCCUUAGAUGGUAGUCCUAAGUAAAUGAACAUCACAUGAAUGUGCUAAUAUCUAAGCAAGGGUUGUUGGUGUACUACGUGGUGCAAACUUGAGGUUCUUCUAUCACAAUAAAACAAGGAUAUCAUUUUAACAUCCUUUCGUCAUGUAUUUAACAACAUCAAAUUUUAUUUGUAGCUUUUGGUUUUUGAUUAUUUUCAAGUACUUGUUAUGUUUUCAAGCUCUUGAUGACAUGCAUAGUUACCCAUACUUCAACCUGACUCUGGUUUUUUUUUGAUUUGCUGCAUGUGUGAGCCAUUUAAUAUGUCAAUUUUUGGACUAUGUUUUAUACUUGACAUUGAGGCAAAAAUGCUUACUUCAUCUCAUGUAUAAACCAGAUAGUAUGAUUUGUACGAGUAUUGCGAUACUUGAAUUGUUCAUUUAUAUGGAACAGAAAAUCGUAUCGAGCAAUGAGAUUUGUCAAUUAGACUCGAUAUCCUCAGCGUCCUAUUACUUCCUCACAAACAGACCUCAAUCAAUGGCAAAUGGGUGGUUGAUCUGAAUAUACCGUUGGUGUGAUAACCGAAGAAAGGAGGUGUUCGAUAAUUCAGAUUGCAUGGAAUAGGAUUGUAGACCUAUAAUGGAACUUGAUUGAUAGACAAGCAUUAUUCAAUUUCCUUUUAUGUCUAGCUGGACAAUAUGCUUCAUCUCAGUCACCCAAGUACUUCAAAUAUUAUCACAAAAGCUGGCUCUUAUAUUUCACCAAUAAUUUAGCCAUUAAAUUGUAAACGAGGCAUAUGUGAAUGCAAACAAUACUGUAGUCCUUGCAUAAAGUUGCAGAGUUUAGUUUAGGCUGUUGAGGUUGAGAUAUCAUAUGUUUUUAAUGCAAUUUACACAAGAAUACAAUCACAUAUACAGAGAAAAACUUCAUAGUGUUAUAUGUACGUGCUUAAGUUCCUUUCUAGUAAUUAAUACCACAAGAGUUCUGUUGAAAAAGUUAUUAAUUAUCACCUAGCAGAAAUAAUAAAUUUU